GGAGUAUUUUUGUGGGGUAAUUCUUACAUUUAAAAUUAACAUUUUAUAGCUUAAUAAUAUAUGAUACUUAAUCACAAAGCUUGAGGAUUUAAUUAGGUUUUCCAGUUGUAUACAUUCAUAUUUAGUACAAUACAUAAGCCUUGUCGGUAUAACAUUUUACUUGACUUUUAUAGUGCAGCUCAGAGGUGUCCAAACCUGUCAGGUCAAAAGUACUCGAGGGCCAAAAACUGAUUUUUGUUUUUUUUUUAUAAAAAAUGCAGAAGUAAGUUUAUCAUGUCAUGAUUUAUUUUUAUAAUUCAUGUUUAGUUUACCUAGAAUAAACUAAACAUGCCUAAAUAAAUAAAAAGUUUUUUUUUUUCUCAAAUGCCUUUAUUAAAUAAAAGAUUUCCUAAAUUAUUUUGGGAGGAUUGUUUUCUACUUUUGUUUAGGAAUUCAAUCUUGUGGCUGAGCAACACGAACAACAUAUGGGUCAGUCUUUCUUCAAAAACAUUUGCUGUAUUUAGCCAAAUUUAAUGGAUAUAUGUGCCUAAGUCUGCCUCUGUGAAAACGUCGCUGAUGUUUGAGGCCUUAUUUACUAAUAAAACUUGAGUGUUGUGUCUAAAGUUUUCUAUUUUAAGAGGAUUUUAAUUUGUCGGUAAAAAUCUUGCCAUAAAUGUUUUUUAAAGCAGCCAUCAGCAUCAGCCACUUGUGCAGGCAGGCCAACAGUUUUAAAAUCUAGUCGGGGGCAACAUAAAAUAAAGGGCCGUAAAUGGGCCCCGGGACGCACUUUGAACGCCCCUGGUGUAGCUCAAUGUAGACUACGGUAGUUUGUUUAGAUGGUUAUAAGCUCAAAAUCUGCUCUAUUGGCACAAACAAGGAAUCUGACUUCGGUUUCCAACCCUCACAAUGUACCAACAUUAGCUAUAAACAUAUAAACUUCAGAGGAAAUAAAUUGGAGGAAACGCUCAGUAUAAAUGUGAUUUUUGCACAUUUCAUAAUUAUGUCUCCCAUAUCGUCAGGGUGAACAUUUGUAUUUUCAUUAGAAAAGGAUUGCAAACUUGAUAAAAUAGAGUGGCGUUAUAGAGAAUAUAACUUUGACCUGAAAACUGUGAAGGAACCCUGAGAAUCACAGAUAAUGAGUUGUCUAUGUGUCUAUGCGCUUAUUCAUCUAUAACUGUGUUUUCCUGAGGUAGAGGAGAGGGGUGGGAGCCAUGCUGAAUAAUGUAUACAUGCUUGGGUAAUGUACUCACCACAGACUGAAUAAUGGAUGAUCCCAUCACAGGUAACCUCACAGGCGCACGCUUAUCUUUCUCUCACCGACACCCAUGUGUAUGUGUAUGUUUGAUCAAACCACGUGUGGAAGGAUGAAUAAAAGAAAUCAGUUGCGACAGCUUAACUGUUUACCAGUUUAAUGAAACGUUCUUUAAACUUUUACUACUUUCCUCUAGCAUGCUUUUAUAAUUUUUGUGUUAGGUGAUGGUGAUGGAGACAUUUAUACAGAUAUUUUAUAAUCUUUUGGAGCUCCUCUUACAAUAGUGAUGGUGUUGUGUUUCAUGUUAUACAGUGCCUUGCAAAUGUAUUGUUUCUCCUUCAGCGUUUUCACCUUUUCAUACAUUACAACCACAUACGUCAAUGUAUUUUAGGAGAAUUUUAUGUAAAAGACCAAGACAACGUGGUACAUAGUUGUAAAGAAAUAAUGACAUUCUUGGUUCUCAAAUAAAAAUCUUAGUUUUUUGGUGUCCAUAUGACGUUACAGCUGCAAGUUUUCUACUCAAAACAACUCUUGCCAAAGGUUCUUUAUUGGAUUUAUGUCUAAGCCAUACUAUCACACAAAUAUGCUUUGAUCUGAAUCACUUCCGUGUAAAUCUGGUUGUACGUUUAGGGUCGUUGUCCCGCCGGAAGGUUAACCUCUGCCCCGGUCUCGAUUUAUUUGCAGUCUCUAAUAGGUUUUCUCCCAGUGUUGCCCUGUGUGUUCAUUCAUUUUCCCAUCAACUCUUACCGGCUUCCUUGUUUUUAAGGUCAACAUUGUUUGCUCAGGUUGUUGUUUUUCUGCCACACAAAGCAUUUUGCAUAUAGGCCAAAAAGUAACAUUUUGGUCUCAUCUGGCCACGGCACCUUCUUCCACAUAUCUGCAACUAUUACAUAUUUUUUUAUUAGAAGUGCACAACUAAUAGUUGUCCUGUUAACAGAUUAUUUCACUUAAGCUUUGGAUCUCUGCACCUCUUCCAGAGUUGCAUCUGAGCCUCUGCAGACGUGCUGGACUGUUUUCAUUUUCAACUGGCUAGAUGAGGUCAGAUGUUUAUAGCUUGACAUAUUCCACUGGAUUUUAUUUAUGGGUUUAUUUGUGAAACAUUUUUAAAAUCAUGUAUAAUUUCCCACUGAAGUUCAAGGUUGUGACAAAAUGUCAAAUGUAAAUACUUUUGUAAGGAACUGUCUGAUAAAAUGCUACACUGUGAGUUUUUUUUUAAGGUUCCAUGUACCUGUAUCUGUCCUACUCUUCUUCAUUCACUGGUCAUAGGCACAAGAUGUACUGACUACAGGUACAUGGGAAGGGGGAACUAUGUUCAAAUGUAGCGAUCGGAUUCUUGCCUGGUGUCGCAUUUCUGUGACCAGGUGCCUGGAAUUUGAGAUCAUGCUGUUGCGUCUGCCUGAUUGUCCAUUCUUUGUGAAGGAGUGCUAAAAUGUCAUUACACGCAACACAGAAGCUGCUUCUGGAAACAAAGUUUUGACUUCUGCUGUGAACAUCUCUGGAUCUCCACACCAAUUCAAGACAGGACAGGGAGUGACCCAUUUAAGACUCUCCCACCGAGACUAUUAACGCCGCUGCCAUCAAUACGCAAAGCGUUUUAGAUCACUCAUUGGGGAGGCAUAUCCACUGACAGGCACGUUAUUACUCAUUGGCCACACUUCCGCAGAUUGUGUUUCAGGUGUUAAGGAGCUCCCGAGUCAUCCUCCAGGCGUUUAUGUCACUUGUACGUGUGGCUGCGUCUGUCUGCCAUCGGAGGAGAGGCCGCUCACCUGCAGAGAGAGGACACUGAAGACCUGGACAGGGUUUCUGUUGCAUGAGAGGAACAGGAGACUGUUAACACUGACUGCCAAAAGAUGUCACACCAAACUGGAAUUAUUGCUACACCGGAGCUUAAACAGUUCCUGGCUCGAGCGAGAAGAGGUUCCAUUAGAAUAAUGAAGAUCAUAAUCAGCAAUGAAGAGUUGGUGUUAGAUUCGUACAGAGAGCCGGUGCAGAGCUGGGACAAGGACUACGAUCAGUUUCUGCUUCCUCUUCUCACGCCUCAGGAGCCCUGCUACAUCCUUUACCGUCUGGAUUCCCAGAAUGCACAGGGAUACGAGUGGAUAUUCAUCGCUUGGUCACCUGACCAGUCACCAGUGAGGCAGAAGAUGAUGUACGCUGCGACCCGUGCCACGCUGAAGAAAGAGUUUGGAGGAGGUCACAUCAAAGACGAAAUGUUUGGCACAGUCGAGGAUGAUUUGUGCUUUCACGGAUACAUGCGCCACAGAUCCUCCUGCUCCUCUCCAGCUCCUCUUACAGCAGCCGAGCAGGAGCUACAACGAAUUAAAGUAACAGAGGAUGAACGGAGAAUAAUUGGAACUCCAACAGCUCGAGCGAGGGUCACAAUGGAGUUUGGUUUAGACAAGAGAGCACAGACUCUUCAGGGUCUUGCGUUUCCUUUACAAGAAGAUGCCAAACGAGCUCUGCAGCAACUCAAGCAGAAACGCAUCAACUACAUACAGCUGAGCCUGGAUGUAGAAAGAGAGACGAUCGAACUGGUUCACACCAAUCCGACAGAAAUCCAUGAGCUUCCCUUCAGGAUUCCCACAGAUUCCCCACGAUAUCACUUCUUCGUCUUCAAACAUUCCCAUCAAGGCCAGCUGCAGGAGGCUCUGGUGUUCAUAUACUCAAUGCCUGGCUACACCUGCAGUAUCAAGGAGCGGAUGCUGUACUCUAGCUGUAAGAACAGGUUACUGGAUGAGGUGGAGAGAGACUACCAACUGGAAGUCACCAAGAAGAUGGAGAUAGACAGCGGUGAUGGUCUGACAGAAGACUUCCUGUAUGAGGAGAUGCACCCCAUGGAGCACACCCUAAAGCAGGCCUUCGCCAAGCCCCGUGGACCUGGAGGGAAGAGGGGCAACAAACGCCUCAUUAAGGAGACAGGAGAGAACGGGGAAGAAAAUUAGACACUACAUCCACAGAUUAUAUGCAAGCAAAUUUUUAGAUAGUUUUUGAAAUUAUCAGUUAUUUCUCUGCUACACUUCUAGCCACUACUUAUUUAUUUUAUUCAAAGACAAAGUUUUUAAAGUGAAAUUAAGUCUUUCCUAAAGUAAAACCCAUAAGACACUACAGUGAUGCGUCAAUAUGCAGAUACAUUUUUUCCUGUCUUUUCCGCUGUCUUCUGAAACUCCUUAUGUCCAACAUUGAGCCAGUGAACACAUGGGGACAUCAUGAAGCCAAAGUUUUUACAGAUCCACACCAAACGUUUGAAACUGAACAUUACUGCUGAGCGUAAACUUAACAUAACAGCCAUUUCACCUGUUGUUAAAGUUAGUUUAGCGUUUUUCUGUGAUAAUUUAUGUUGAAGGCCUGCUAAGAUGUACAGGGCACUCCACAGUUAUUGGAACCCCAGUUAAACAAGUGUAAGGAAUCUUAAAAUAAAUUAAUCUUUUAUCUCA